CGCAGUUCUCCACUAUGAAUUCUCUUGAACAUCGCGACCCAGCAAGAGCUUGGGUGGAUGAGUUUGGCUUAACACGGAGCUAUAGUACGGGUGCCGAGGGCUACACUAUUCCAAAUCUUGAGCCUACAGUUUCCAAGUUACCCAGCAUCCUGAACCCUCCUGAACUCGAAGUCUACUGGGAGCCUCAAGAUAGCCAGAAUCCUCGUUUGUGGCCGCUAUGGUAUAAAGGCCUCACUGUUAUGACAAUGAGUCUUGGCGCAACCGUUGUUAGUCUCUUCAGCACUCUCUACACAUCAGGAAUCCCAGGGCUGCAAGAAGAAUUUCAUAUAUCUAAAAUCGUGGCCCUUCUUGGUAUCACCACCUACCUCCUCGGCAUGGCUACAGGAUCUAUCAUUUUCGCCCCGCUAAGUGAAGUUGUGGGUAGACGACCUGUUUAUAUUGUCUCUAUGACAAUAUUCCUCUCCCUCAUACUGCCGAGCGCCCUAGCCUCAAAUAUAAGAUCAAUUCUCGUGAGUCGGUUCUUUGGAGGCUUCUUUGGAAGUGCCAUGAUGUCAAACUCUCCUGCGUCUGUCAAUGAUAUUGUCUCCGACAAGCACCGGGCAUUAGCAUUUGGCUUCUGGUCCAUUGGUCCUACGAAUGGCCCUGUUUAUGGACCAAUUAUCGGUGGCUUUAUUUUUGAAUAUUUAGGCUGGCGAUGGACAAAUUGGAUUGUCCUCAUCAUUGGAGGCUUUGUCUUGAUGUUGAUGGCUUCUAUCAAAGAAACAUAUGCUCCUGUUAUUUUGAGGAAACGAGCAGAAAAACAACGAAAGGAAACACAAAAUCCAAAAUGGUGGACCCGCUACGAUGGUGGGCAAGACUUGAAGGCAUUGCUUAGCACUAGUCUCAGUCGGCCGUUUGUGAUGAUCAUAACAGAGCCGAUAUGUAUGUUCUGGGAUACCUAUGUCGCGAUUGUAUACGCUGUCCUCUACCUUUGUUUCGUGGCCUAUCCGAUUGCCUUCCAGCAAGAACGUGGAUGGUCGCCAGGAAUCGGCGGUCUUUCAUUUAUUGGCAUAGGGGUUGGCGUACUGCUUGCCAUUGCAUUUGAGCCUCUUUUCCGCAAAGUAAUCAAUCUUCACCGCAAAGAUCCAGAAACAGGUGCAGUGCCACCUGAGGCUAUGGUUAGUAUUGUUUGUUUUGGUGCAACUCUUCUAGCUAUUGGUCAGUUAUGGUUCGCCUGGACUUGCACCCCUAAUGUUCACUGGAUCGCACCUAUCCUUGCUGGCGUUCCUUUUGGUGCGGGGAACGCGUGUGUCUUUAUCUAUGCAAAUAACUAUAUGGCCCGUUCCUAUGGGAUCUACGCAGCCUCUGCACUUGCUGGUAAUAUGGUUUUGCGCAGCAUUAUGGGUGCAUGCCUCCCGCUUGCAGGACCAUCAAUGUACGGAACACUUGGUUUGAACUGGGCAAGUACUCUUCUGGGAAUCGUGGAAGCAGUAUGCAUCUUGAUCCCAAUUGGGUUUUAUUUCUACGGUCAUAAAAUUCGUAACGCCAGUCCGCUUAUCAAAGAGAUGGAAAGACACCAGGUCUCAAGAUGAGACACAAGUUGGAGCGGUGGCUCCAUUGCUUAGAUCGAAGGAUCUCUAGUGGGCUCAUGGGAUAUGUCCACUGGCGGAAGAAUGCGCUUGUAUGCAAACUGGCCAUGUAAAAUAUGUGGUGUCACUAAAAGCUCAAUUACC